AUGGCCACCACUCGGACUACUGAUGGCAUGAUUCCGUUCACCGUCGGCGACGAGACGUUCCACACAUGGUACAAGGUCUUCGGCGACCUCAAAAACAGCACACGCACCCCGCUCGUCGUCCUGCACGGUGGACCCGGACUUACGCACGACUACCUCAUCCCCCUCAGCGACCUCACACGGAUCGCAUCAAUCCCCAUCGUGCUCUACGACCAGAUCGGCAACGGUCGCUCCACGCACCUUCGCUCCAAAUCCAAAUCCUUCUGGACGAUCGACCUGUUCAUCUCCGAGCUGGAAAAUCUGGUCUCAGGCCUUGGGAUCGCAGAGCGGUUCGACAUUCUAGGACACUCCUGGGGCGGGUCACUUGCGGCUGAGUUCGCGAUCCGGCGUCAGCACCCAGGUCUGCGCAUGCUGGUGCUUAGUAACGCGCUUGCAUCGCGCUCACUGCGCAUUAAGGCCGAGCGGCAGCUCCAUGCGCUGCUGCCGCGGGAGCACCGAGAUGCAAUCGCGGCGGGGCCAGAGGCAGACAAGGAGAAGUACGAAGCGGCGCUCGAGUAUUACGGCAGUCUGCAUUUGUGCACCGUGCAGCCGAUGCCGACGGAGCUGGUCUAUUCACUCGCACAGAUAAAGCCGGAGACGGGAGACCCCACAGUGGUCACAAAUGUGUUCGGCGGAGAGUACAACGAUGAGUGGACUGUCAUUGACAGACUGGAUCGCAUCCUCGUACCCACGUUCGUCGUAAACGGGCGUGCCGACCCGAUGCAGGAUUCGGUAUGCAAGCCGUUGUUUGACGGCAUACGGAAAGCGAAGUGGCUCACAUUCGAAGGUUCGAGCCAUUCACCGUUCUGGGAGGAGCGCGAGAGAUAUAUGGAAAUCAUCAUCGACUUUCUCAGCUUGUAG